GCAGAAGCGCACGCAGAAGCGCGGCCGAGCCCUCCAGCAGAGGAAACAACCAAACCACGAUCGCUAUCACGGUCGUUCUCCACCAUGGCGGCUGUGCAUAGUUUGCGGGUGUCCGUAAAGUCCGACUGUGGCUCUGAGCACUCCGACUCCGGCUCGGACUCCAGCUCGGAUAGAGAUGCCCGCGAGUCGGAACCGAUGGAGGUAGAGGAGGGGGAACUGGAUACGGACGACAUCACCGUUAACCGAUCUUUGAAAGAACUGAUACCGGACACAACCCGACGAUAUGAGAACAAGGCUGGUACCUUCAUCACCGGGAUCGACGUCAACUCAAAGGAGGCGAUUGAGGCAAAGGAGAAGCGUGCCCAACGGUUCCGCUUCAGUCCUGAGGUUAUCCAGGGCCAGAGAAAUGUGGUCCUGGACAUGGAAAGCGUCAUGAAAGCCAUCCCCACAGCGCGCCUGGAAGCCAUCUACAUGAUCGGUGUGGACGACAUGAGCACACAGGACAUCUUCGGUUACUUCAGAGAAUACCCACCAGCCCACAUCGAGUGGAUCGAUGACACCUCCUGUAACGUCGUCUGGCUUGAUGACGUCACCUCCUUCCGGGUGCUAAUAAACACCAGCGUCAUGCCUGACCCGGAGGCGGUUGCCACGGAAACAGAGGCAGAAGCGCAGUCCGACAAACCAGCCCAGACACAGAGCAAAGGGGUUAAGAGCCCUGGUGCCGGUGAAGCCGAGGAAGAGGAGGUGGGUGAAGAGGAGGAAGGCGAGGUCAACGAAGGGGAGAAGGCGCCUGUAAAGGUCGACAGCGUGGAGGUCCCUGGAGAGCCGGAGAAGAAAACCGAAGUUGUGGACCGGCAGGUCGACCAGUUGUCUGAAGACGAGAGGGAGUCACUGCUGAGGAACGACCUGCGGCCCGCCACCAAGCCCUUCAAAGGAAACAAACUCCUGCUGCGCAUCGCCACACAUGAUGACAAGAAGGAACUGGGUGCUGCCAGGAGGAGCCGCUACUACAUGAAGUACGGUAACCCCAACUACGGUGGGAUGAAGGGAAUCCUCAGCAACUCCUGGAAGAGGAGGUUCCACACGCGUCGGAUUCAGCGGGACGUUAUUAAAACUGACCUGGUCAACCUUCCAGAGGAGCCCAUCAAGGAGGAGGAAGAGGAGGAGGAGGAGGAGGAGGACGACCUGGUGGGCGAGGAGGACAUGGAGGCCGACGACAGGGUGGUGGAGUACCGCGACCGGGCCUGCGGCCGGGCGGGGCCGGCGGCAGGGGGGGGAGGGGUGCGGGCGCGGAUCGGCGUGCGCAGGGGAUCCCCGGCGGCGGUGGCGGCGGCGGCGGGGGGCUCGUCGGACUCCGACGAGAUGGACUACGACCUGGAGCUGAAGAUGAUCUCCACGCCGUCGCCCAAGAAGAGCAUGAAGAUGACCAUGUACGCGGACGAGCUGGAGACGGAGCUGAAGACCAUCCGACACUCUGUGAGCAGCGACAGCGGGUCCGGGAGCAGUGUGCAGAACCGCAUCGGCGACGGCGGCGGCGCUCUGAGCGAAAUCAAAGUGCCGUCCGUCAGCAAGGUGACGGACGUCCGGCAGCUCCUGGAGGAGAAGAGGCAGGGCCACAGAGCCCCGGCACGCCAGACGUCCCCAGGGAAGAUGGAUGUGAGGCAGCGUCUGGGGAAGAGGCGUCGCUCUCCAUCCCCGGUCUCCCCGAGAGACUCCCCGCCCUCACGAGAGCCGGUCAGAGACAUCCACAGCAGGCUGGGCAUCACCGGCCCGGACGCCAGGGCGCGGUUCUCCACGUCGCCCAAAGACAGGAAAAAUAGUCGUCUCUGGAGCAGGCUUGGCCCGUCACAAGCAGGCCCCCGGGACAAAGCCAAGGACGACGAAGAGGAGGAAGAGAAGGAAGAGAAGAAGGAAGGAGGCAGGAGCAGCAGCAGCAGCAGCAGCAGCAGAAGAAAGAGCAGCAGCAGCAGCAGCAGCAGCAGACGAGAGGGCACCGGCGUGUUCAGCUCCUCCCGGCUGGGCUCCCUGCCGGACGAUGAUGGCGGCGGCGGGAGCAGAAGUUCCAGGCGGAGCAGUGGCAACGGGGGGCGGAAGGCCCCUGCCGCCAGGGAGCCAGGCGAGCCUGAAGAGGAGGACGACCAGGCCCUGCAGCAGGUGUGGGGCGCCCUGAUCAAGCAGAAGCAGGACCACAGGGGCAAGAAGAGCCGCCUGGAGAACCUGCCCUCGCUGCAGAUCGAGAUCAGCCGCGACAGCGACAGCCAGGGCUCCGAUUCUGACUCAUGAAGGGUGGGCGGGGAAGGAGGGUAAAAGACGGAAUCUCUGUUAUUUACACGUUUUUGUUUCUGUCUGCUUUUGUUUUUACUUUUGAUAAAAAUCUGUCAACUUUUAUUGCGACGCAUCCUAAAAACGCCCCCCACGAUCCCAGCCAGUGGAGCUGGACGCUGUGUUACUCUCUGCUGGGCACAGGCCGCCCCAGACGGCCUCACCCGCUGACACCCAUCGUCACGAGAAUUCUCUCGAGGGUUGAAGCGUCACCCCAGUGCCUCUGGCCACCCAAACAUGUGCAUUAUUCCCUGGCUCUCCUUGUAGCGUCAUUGACAGACCUCACCAUGCAGUGAAUACAACCCCCGAACCCUAAAAGUGUUACGCAACAAAACCACACAAGCAGUCCCAUCCCAUUUUGUCCUUUCGGUGGUGUGUCCCUUUGUCCGAUCGCAGCUCUCUAGCGUAGGGCCUUCUCUAUUGUCUGUUGGAGUCGGGCGCAUUGGGUGGAGUGCGAAAUGGUUUUACUAGCGUUUUCGUCGUACUAAACGUACUAGCAGUCGUUUCAUCCACUUACAUUCCUGCUUAAGAGACGUGUGGCGGUGUAACAGAUACUGGACUCGUGGAGCUCAUGGAUAAGUGUCUGUAAAUAAAACAUUAGAAAGACGUGUAGGGGUAUACUGUAAAUGAAAGAUGAAAACAAAACAAGACCCAUGUUGACGACUUUGUAUUUUAUUCACGCCAUGUUGGGAGGUCAGGGCCUUGCCUUCGUAACAGUUCUGGCCAUAAAUAUCGAGAUAUGAUUUACAGUUAACCAAACUAACCCUGAUUGUAUUGGAUUCCAUAAUUCUUUAUCUUUUUUCUGUCCCAUUUAUUUUAAGUUGCAUUUGGUGUUCUAAUGAAAAAGAUGCCCAUCAGACUAUUCAUCUGCUAUUUGGUAUUACGGUAGCUUGGAUUUCUAUAACGCUAGUUAGGUUUAGGAUUCUAAUGGAGGAUCUAAAUGCAUUUGUAUUUAUUACUCCCAAUAAGUACUAGCAGUGUAAACAUGUGCAUACCUACGUAUGUAGAGAAGACAACAACAACAAGAAUCAUCAGUGAUGAUUUUGUAUUUGUUUAGUUUAUGCUGUUGGCCAUUUUGAGUUUUUAUAUCAUUCCACAUGGGAUAGCCUUUAUUCCGCAUUGAUAUUUACUAAUGGCCAAAACAAGAACAACAAAGUGUCCAUCUUUAUCAGAACAUUUCUACAGUACACAAAGCAAGAUGCAUCUAAAAGCUGUUGGAAGACGUGCUUGCAGGUGGUAUGAAAGACAAGACAUAGGUCUGUGUUUGGUAUCCAAUGUAUCGUAUCUGUCUUUCUCUGUUCUGACAUACUGACAGACUUUAUUAUCACCAGAAAUAAAAAGUUGUCUUUUUCUAA